AUGAGGUUACCGCCGUCACUGCUGUUAAAGCUGUCGAGAAGAUGCGGUUCGUAUAUCACCACUCCAAUCUUCUAUGCAAAUGGUGCUCCCCAUCUUGGCCAUCUUUAUACUGUAGUCUUGGCUGAUGCUGCACAUCGUUGGCAGAAAUUGAAAGCUCCCACUGAGUCUCAUGUGUUUUCUACUGGAACUGAUGAGCACGGCAUUAAGAUUUUUCGGUCUGCUGAAAAAGCUGGGAAAGAUCCUUUGAAGUUUUGUGAUGAAACAUCUGAGAAAUUUCGUGAUCUUUUCGAAAAAUUUGAUAUUGCCAACACGGAUUUCAUACGAACAACGGAAAAUCGUCAUAAGGCUUGUGUGGAGUAUGUAUGGAAACAACUAAGUGAUGCUGGACUUAUCUAUAAAGAUGUGUACUCAGGAUGGUAUAGCAUGGUUGAUGAGUGUUUUUUCGCAGAUGGUGACAUUGAAGAUUCUCCUUCUGGAAAGGUCGUAAAAGAUACGGGCAACUCAGUGGAGUGGAUAGAAGAGCAGAACUACAUGUUUCGAUUAUCUGAUUUUAAGGGGAGAGUGAAGGAAUGGUUACUGAGCUCAGACGUCAUUCGACCCAAACACUAUCUCCAGUUUGUACUAAAGUAUUUGGAAAUGGAUGGAGAUCUAUCAGUGUCGCGAAGUCGCGCACGGUUGCCUUGGGGCAUACAGGUUCCUGGAGACGAUUCGCAAACUAUCUAUGUAUGGUUGGAUGCUCUUGUUAAUUAUCUUGCAGUGGUCAAAUAUCCAUCAGAAAUGACAGCUUGGCCACCUUCAUGGCAGAUACUUGGAAAAGACAUCUUGAAAUUUCAUGCGUUUUAUUGGCCUGCGUUUUUAAUGGCCAUGAAGCUACCUUUACCUCAACGACUCUUUGUCCACGGUCACUGGUUGGUCGAUAAUGCAAAGAUGUCCAAAAGCGUCGGCAACGUUGUCGACCCAUAUGAUGCCAUGAACUCAUAUACAGCCGAGGGUCUACGCUAUUUCCUCCUGAAACAAGGAUUACCUCAUGGAGAUUCAAAUUUUUCACGAGACAAAGUCAUCAAUGUUAUCAAUAGCGAUUUGGUAAACAACAUCGGUAACUUGCUGAGCAGAGCUACGGUAAAGAAAAUGAAUCCCAGUCAGCAGUAUCCUGUUUUCUCCCAAGAUAGCCUAGAUGGUGAACUCGCUGACGCUUCCUUGUCUCUUCAAAAAGAGCUGGAGACCAUACGAGAGAUCACCGCUUUGCUUUAUGAUGAUAUGUAUUUUUACAAAGCAAUUGAAGGGAUUCUGGCAGUAGUGAAGUCCGCUAAUGGUUUCUUCCAGCUUGCUCAGCCAUGGAAGUUACCCGCGGGACCAAAGUUAGAUUCCGUGCUAUACCUAAGCUAUGAGACAGUACGAGUGACGGCUUUGUUGCUCAUGCCAAUAGUACCAUCAUUGGCUGGCCAUGCUUUGACGAGGCUAGGAAUUCCUCCCGAUGAGCGACGAGUGGAAACAGCCGUUUUUACUACCGUGAAUGGAGGCCACCAUUUGGGUCCAGAUAAUGGACCUUUGCUUUUGCGAAUCGGUGAUCGCGCAGCUGCAGUGGCUUAGGGAUGAACAAUGAAAAGUAGUCUUUAACGAACUGGAUUUGCGACUGUGGUGCAUAAAAUAAGUCGUUCACUGGCGUCUUCGACGAUAUCUGUUAGCUUCAGAAUGCGGGUAUUAGCUGUUAUGAACAAGCUUGUCAUGCUUUCGAACAUUUCUUUCACAUGUGGUCCCAGUUUCAUCCUUUUUCUUUUCUGUUGACAAUUUCUGCAAAAUGAUUUGAUUUGAAGUGGCCAUGCUGAAUCACUGAAUCUACUCUUAGUUCUGGAAUGCUGAAACCUUCUAAAACCCACACAUACCGUAUAGGCGAACUUUUGGUAUCGU